AUGAAACCUGGAAGCGGACAAGCAUCAGCCCGUGGCGAUGCUAACGCAAGAAACAAAGCUAAAGCAGGAAAAGGAAAGAAGGCUUUACCAACAAUGACUUAUUUAAAGAAUGUUAAGCCUUUUGCACCAGUUCAGACAUAUACUCCAUGGACUGGCGAUGAAGCUACAACAAUAAAAGUUGCACAAAAGCCAAUAUUUGAUGAUCAGCCAGGAAAUCAAGUUUUUUCACAGAAAUACCCACAAUUAAAUAGAUUAAUGCAAAUAUUCCCAGCAGAUGCUAAAUUCGAUGAUCCAGACGUACAAAUAUCAUUCAAGAAUCCCGAGGUUGACAGCAGAUUCUCAUCAUCUCUUUUCUUAUGUCUUUCAAAAGGUCUCCAGUUCUUUGAAUCAGGAACCUUCCAAAUAUUCCCCAAUGAAAUCAACCCAUCAGGAAAAUACUGCAUUCGUAUGUUCGAAAAUGGCCAAUCAGUCAGGAUUAUUUUUGAUGAUAAAAUUCCUUGCAAUGAAAACGGCGAAUGCGCUCUUCUCAGACAUACCGAUGAGCAUAUCAUGCUUCCUACACUUUUACAUAAAGCUUUCUUAAGAUAUACUCACAUCGAGCAAUAUUCCGCUCCAGACUGCGUCAGUCUUAUGACAGGCUUUGUCCAUUUCGAAGUACCAGUCGAAUGGCAGAAUAUCGUCUUCUGGUUUGGCCGUCCAGACUCUUUAGUUGCGAUGUAUAUCAAAAAUCCAAGAAACGACGAUCUCGGCGGCGACAGACUCUUCCAUAUCCUCGAUGUCUUCGAAGUCGACCAGCAUCGCAAAUUCGUUAAGCUACAAUGCCCAGGAGCAAGGUGGAGAGGAAGAUUUUCCGGAUUCGAAGAAGAUACUAAGCAUUGGACCAAUCAGAUCAGAGUUUUACUUGAAAUCGACCCAGAAACAGUCGCUACAGCCGGUUUCUUCUGGAUGAUUCUUGAAGAUCUCGUUGAGAAUUUCGAUUCCAUCAUGGUUUUCUCUCCAUCGACCUCUUUCCAGUGCAAUGUUCGCCACCAAGAUAUUUGGGUACCAAAGGAGCAGCAGUUCUACAUUCCUCCAGCUCCUACACUCAUGAGAGCAACAGGACCAGGCCAAUUACAGAUCUGUUGUGCUCCUUUGCUUACAACAGCUCCUUCCAACAAUUUGCAGCUCAAUUUAGGAAAGUUCGCAUGGAAUAGCGGUCAGUGUCCAACAGCACUUUCCAUCAACUGCAGCAGAUGGACAGCAAGUACAUUAAACAUCGAAAAAAGUGAAGAAGUUUUCGAGUUGGAGACGAAUUCUCGCGGUGGCUAUAUCAUGCAGAUCUUUUCCAAUGACGCGAAUGUCGAGUUCAUUAAUUACUCAGACGUAACUAAUGUUACACAGAGUGAAGGCGAUUUGCCUUUCUUUGUUUCCCUCGACGAGUUCGCCAUCAAUGUUUUCCCUCAGAGAUUUGAGUUGAUUGGAAAAAUCGCUUUCAACUUGGACCAGCCAGGAAACGUUUCUUUCGCUGUUGCCAUGACUAAUCAGCACCACAGAGACAACGCCGCUUGCCUGCUCUUCAACUGCGACACGAACGACGUCAUGCCGUCCAAGAACUUGAGAUCUUCUUCCAUCGCAAUCACUCCUAACAAGAGAGGUUAUGUUUUGCUGAUUUUCGGUUUAUACGGCGAAUCUUUGAUGGGCAUGCAAUCAAUAGAUUUGAUUGGAAAGUGGCGCGCAAGGAUCUUCUCAGACGUUCCUCUCUCUGAUGUCGUUGAUGUCGCACACGCAAACUACUCCGAUGUGGAAGGAGAUGUCACAGAAUUGGAUGAAAACCAUCAAAUUCAACGUCACGUUUUAUCUGGUGGUUGCGAAUGUAUUGUUGUUCUUGAGACAUCCCAGCCAUUAUCAUUGACAUUGACAGUUUGUGAAGAAGACAAACCAAUCUCUGUUGUAAGAGGUGUUGGCUUCUGCGUGUUGCCAAGCUGCAAAUUGCCAACAGACAAAGAUCCAACAAGAUUAAUUGUCAAAUCAGUUUGCUCUGAAAAUGUCUCCAAUUUCCAGUGGAAACUCAGAAUUUAUGCCACAGGAAAUGUCACCUGCAAAGAGGACACAGCACCUGCGGAUAAGACAGCAGCAGCAAUUGCGGCGUGGGAGAAGAAGAGAAGUGCAAAACCAGGCGGCGGAAAGAAGAGUGAAGCAUCAAAGAGAAGUGUUGAACCACAAGUUCAAUUAGCUCCUCCUGUCGUUGACCAGAAAGUCCUUAAAGUCGUGGAAUGCAAGGAAGAGAACGGAGCAAAGGUUCUCUCACAGGAAGAGAUUGAUAAAUUGCUUCCUCAACAAGCAGAACAACCUUCUUCGUCAACAGGAAAUGAAUCUGCUGGAGGAAACUCUGCAAAAGAAGAUUCAGUUCCUGAAUUGGGUGAAGAUUUACGUGAAGGUGUUAAUGCACUGUCUGCAAAGGUAACUGAAGAAUGGGAUGCAUAUGAACAAUCUAGAGCACAGAUUACAAAGUUAUAUACACCUCCUCCAAAGGAAGAAUAA